AGUUCAGUAACUGGAGCGCCUAUUCUAAAUUUCUUGGCGUUGGAGUGAAAAUCUUCGUGCCCGCGCAAAUUUUAACCGAAGCUUGAAACGCUUUGAAAUAUUCAAAUUUUCCGUUGGUCUAAAGAUUGCAGAAUCUGCGUCUCUUCCUUUCUUUAUCUUUGGCUUCUUUUCUUUCUUAUAUUCUUCUGCUCCCUUUUCACAUUAUAUCACCAUCCUACGUUGUUCUGCAAUCUUUAGAUUCAAAGAAUGACCGAAGCGGGAGUAUAGGAGCGAAAGAAGCUCAAAAGAUUCCAUCCAGACUUGUUUUCAUCUUUUGUAUUUUAUCUGUCUAUGUAUCCAGCGAUUCCCAUCUUUCUUUUUCUAUAGUCACUGGUCAAUUUUUAUAUCUUUUCUGUUGAACACCAAUUGCUUGUGUGUCGUUCGCUUCAACUUUAACCCUAUCUAUAUUUAUACCCCUACUCCACAUGACUUUGAAAUGAAGCCCUGUCUCUUUAAAUUCUUUCACUUUCUAUGAAUCAAACUGGGGAUAAGUGAAACUAAAUUUGGUUCUGCAUAGAGUUGAGUUGUGUGGGAAUAGGAGGGGAGAAUGGUGGUGAAGAGAUCUAUUGCAAAGUUAGUGCGGAAGAAGCUUUUUGAUAUUACCAACACACAAAUGCAACCAAAAGUCUGCAAUCAAGCAGAAAAGCCUGCCGAUAAGAACUGCAUUGAGCAACUCUUACAGGAAAAAGCUGCUCUGAUGCAGCUUGUAGCAGAAAGAGAUAAAAUGAUUGAACUGAGUGGAGCUGAGCUGCUGAGGUUGCGAGCCAAUAUAGAGAAACUGCAACAACAGAACUGGAAUCUUGCUCAAUCAAACAGCCAGAUGCUGGCGGAGCUUAAUUUAGGGAAUGAAAAGAUGAAAGCUCUGCAGCAUGAAAUUUUAUGCAAGGCUGCCUUGCUUCAGGGGAAGAACUCUGAAGUGAAGGUAUGCUUCAAAUCUAAGGGAAUUGAAGAUGCGGACAAUGAAAACGAUGGUUCACUGUUAAAGGAAGGAGUGGAAAGCGCAGAGCAGCCCUUGGUGAAAUCCAGCAAUGUUGAAAAGCUUUGCGAUAGGAACAGAAAACCAACUAAAAGGAGUCGAUCUACAGGUUCUGUUACUGGAUCGACAAAGGAUGCAAAUGAAAGCAAAGAGAAGAAAGGAAUGAGGUCGCAACCGAGGAGACGAUCUGCAAGCUUCAAACCCCACGAAUACGAGCCAAUGAUGGAGAACUCAUCCCAAACACAGAAUGCUCGAACUCCUCUCAACAUACUGAAAUCACAUGGCGAAGAAGGCGAAGCAUUCGGAAAACCCCCGAGAAAAACAAGAGAGAAGGAUCGACCAUACAAGGAGAUUAUUCCUCCGGAAGUUAAACUGCGGAGACUAGAAUAAAUUCACCAAAAGGAAGGAGUUUUGUAGACAGUCGUGGAACCAUGUGUGUCGUCAAGUUUGAUGUUGUUGAAUGUUUGUGCAUGGUAUGCGUCCCACGCUCUUAUGUUGUACAUGUAAACCCGGUUGUGUUAAUGUAGCCGAAGUUGAUCGCUGUCUGAAAAGUGAAA